CACAAGCAAGUUUUACGAACUUAAAAAGUGAUGCAGAGAAAGCGUGUUUUAUAAAGCAGCCGAAUGCUUUUUCCUCAUAAAUUUCACAUUUUUGCACAGACGCUUGUAGGUUUUACUUCGAACAUAACAUACCAAUUGGAACGUAGCGGCAGUAUGUCACGUGAUACUACCCAGGCGUAGACAGUAUGAAACUAUCGCUUGGCCAACUUAUAACUUUCUUGUAAAUCCUAAGCAUUUUUUAUGAUUUCUUUGAAGUUUUGCGACAAGAAAACGCUUGUAUAGACUGGACAAACAACUAGCGUUUGUAUGUAUCUUUUUGAUAUCAGUUCAGUCGCAGCAAAGGCAACGUUGGUAUGAAAAGAUGUCCGAACCCAAAACAACGUCUGAACUUCAAUUGUACAAAAUACUUCAAAGAGCUAAUCUACUGUCAUACUACGAUGUCUUUAUUUCUCAAGGCGGUGACGAUGUUCGUCAACUUGUUGAAGCAGGCGAGGAAGAAUUCCUUGAAAUAAUGGCUCUUGUCGGAAUGGCUAGUAAACCAUUACAUGUCAGAAGAUUACAGAAAGCCCUUCACGAAUGGGCGUCUUUUAAUCGUAGUCCAACUGUAUCUCGCCUACCUUCAACCUAUAUACCCUCCGUUCCAUCUGUCGGUAAUAAGCGCCUUAUACAGAUAUCACCCGUCCAAAAUAUAAAAGAUGAAGAGAAAUCAAAUGAUUCCAAUCCUGAGAGUGAUGACACUUGUCAAACAAGUUGUACCAUUGAAUUAUCAACAGAACAAGCUAUUGCUAUUGAAAGGUCAGCUACUAAUUUGGCAUCUAAAUUACCUCAGUUUGCCCCUAAAAUGAUUCAAAUGAAAAAACCAUUCGGAAAAGAACUAGAAGACGUUUUACGAUUACCGUCAGUACAUCCAGAAUAUAUGUCAUUAUUGAGAAGACAUUCAGCUAUAUAUAUUCCGAAUAGUUCUGAGGAACGUAACGACAGCCGUCUAACAAUAUAUCAGGUUCUUACGAAUGAAGCAGCGGCCCAGUUAUGCAAACAUCGUCCAGCACUUGUAACGAGAAGAGAUGAUUUAUUUCCUCUAGCGAAGAGAGUAGUUAAAGAUGCCUGUAAGACAGGUGAUAUAUGCGUAACUAUGACCUCAUCGGAUUCCAGUAGUUCGUCAGGAGAUGAAGAUCCAACCUGUCCAAAAAAAUGCAAAACUGAAGAAAAUCCUAUACAACAAGUUGGUAUAAGUAUUUAAAAGAGAAUGUGAAAUAUUAUUUACCAAUUAAUUACGUUCAAAAGAAAUGUAUGAUGAUUUUACAAAAAGGAGUUUAUUUAAUUUUUAUUCAGUCAACGAAAAACUUAAACAAAAAAGACAAUGAGAUGUGAACCGUGAUUGGGCAGAUUUAGUAGGCUAACUUCUCCAAUUUUGAAAUCAAGCAAAUCGUCAGACGACGCUCUGAGGAGAUUCGGCGAUCAAAGCGAUUAAAAGAGACAAAUAUCGAUGUAUCAAUAAAAAAAUUCUAAAACUUAUUCCUUUAGCUAAAAAAAAGGUGAAAUUUUCAAAUAAACGGUUG